AUGAAUCCUGCUGAUCUGGCGGCCUUACAACAGCAACAACAACUCGCCCUACUUAUGAUGCCCAUGUUCCCACUCAUGAUGCCUUUACAACAGCAGGCGCUUAUGGCGUCAUCAACAGGCACAGGGAUGCAAGAAGAUUCUGCAACGACACAUUCUGAGGCAGUAACGACGUCUGGAGAGCCGGCUGAGUCAGCACCAGGAGGCGAUGCCUCGCUCGAGUCACUGGGUCUUACACCGCCUUUUGUAGGAACUGAUGGAUUUGGAUUGCUGUCAGGGACUCCCAAUGCAUCGCUGAAUAUAGAGGAGGUGCCUAAGCGAAAGCGAGGUAGGCCACCUAAAAAGGAUGUGGCAGCACGAGCUAAGGCUGAGGCAGAGAAAACACUCAAGCAACAGUUUCCUAUGUGGGGGUAUGGUUUGCCAAUGCCUUUGCUGCCUGGUUUUCCAGGCCUGCUUUCAGGCAUGUCAAACCCUGGUGCUGUCGUAAAAGAUCAUAGUGCAGUAGAUGAUCAGGUGUUAAAGGAUGAAGAUGAAGACGGUGAGCGCCCUGCCAAAAUGGCGAAAAAGAAGCAGCGUGGAACAGGGAAACCUCGUGGUCGACCACGUACGCGUCCUCGCCCUGGUGAAAUUAUUCGCCGAGUAAAGCCGCUUCCGAUCGCCCCUGCAAAUUAUUCGGUCAUGUACAACUAUUCUCUCUCCAACUUGGCACAGAAACCCACAGAGCUGAAUGCUGAUGGUACCACUGCGGACACAGAAAGCAAGGACGAUGCACAUGAUUCAAGUCGUUUGGCACCAUUAAGCGCAUCACUUUUAUCAGGAGAGAACGAGUGA